GGGUCGUGCAGCUCUGGGGAUGGAUCCUGCUCUUCGGGGACCACGUGGGGCAGCAGCGACAUGUCUUGGGCCACUCGCAGCCGGCGGGUUCGACACCACUCAAUGAUUACCAGGUCGAGUGGGCGACCCCAGACGCCGACGUAUACUUCAUGCUGCUGGACGGGACUUCGGCGAGGGCGCAGGGGAUGACCGUGGAGUCGACCACCUUCGCCCCCCGGGGCACGCCCGUCGGCGUGGCGGCGGCGGACAUCGUGCAAGUGAACGCGCCGCUGGUCGAGGAGUAUAAGACGAUGGAGGGCCGCCGCGACUUCAGGCUCAGCAGGGCGACGCUCGCCGCCGACAGGGACCGAGAUCGUGGACGUUUCGCCCCCUUGGCCGUGGAGCUCCGCCAGUCGCCUUUCCCCGACCGGCAUGUGCCGGCGCUCAAGACGGUGAAGUGGUGUGGUGAGUGGCUCUUCUGGUGUCACGGGGGCCCGCUCGAGCACGACCAGUCUCUGAUCAUGACGUUCGGUUUGCGGGCCGACGACUGGUGCGUCGACGCCCACCGCGCGACGAAGAGAUGCUUGGACGAGGGCGUCAGGUAUGACAUGAUCGACGUCGGCAACAGUGGUUUCUUCGAGCUGCCCCUCCGCAGGGCGCUGCUGGUGGAGUACGGGUACCACAUGGACUACUUGGCCACGCGCGGACCGGGGGCCGAUGGCAAGGGCAAAGCCGGCGGUUCGGUGUCCCUCCAGCCCGCGGUCUUCGACGAGUCGGCCAUCGUCUCGGACGUGGCGAAAGGGCCAGUCAUGGCCAUGAUCGAGUGCAACGUCACCAUCUUCGUGCAUGUCUGCAGGGCCUGCGAGGAGAGGGCGAAGCUGGUCAAGCCUCUCAAGAAGGACAAUCAGGAUCAGGGGUGA